AUGCAUCUGCUUUGCUUAGGGGUAAUGAAGAGACUGCUCCACAUUUGGAUAGGUGGAAGAUAUGGAAGAGGAAAGUUGGCAGCGGACCAUCAGCGUACCGUCACCGAAAGAUUGAAGUCCUUCCGCAAAUACUUCCCUUCGAUGUUCCAGAGGAAGCCCAGAGGUAUCGACGAAGUGGACAGGUGGAAAGCCACUGAGUUCCGCACCUUUCUGCUCUAUGCUGGCCCAGUGGCACUAAAGCAGUUGCUCCCAGACCAACUUUAUGAACAUUUCAUUGUACUUCAUGUUGCUACAAGGAUACUAGCCUCCCCGGCCCUCUACAGGACACACAACGAAUACGCCAGCAGGCUGCUGAAGUACUUCGUCCAAGAAAUGGGUGAACUUUAUGGGACAACACAGCUUGUAUAUAAUACACAUUCUCUUGUACAUCUUGCUCGAGACUGCUUGCAACAUGGCCCACUGGAUUCAUUUAGUGCUUUUCCUUUCGAGUCGUACCUGGGAAAGCUGAAGCGCAUGCUGAGAACAACAAGCUGUCCUUUAUCACAGAUCAGCCGGAGAUUCUCGGAAAUGAGGCACACUCCAACAUCGGUUGCGAACAGAACUACAGCAUACAAUGUCAAGCAAGGGUCGUGCUACCUGCUUGACAGCAAGACCGUUGCACGUGUCAAUGAGGUUCAGGCUUCACAA